AUGGCUUUGUUGCUUGCAGAGUACUGUGCAGAUAAUGGGCAGCCAUGGGUACUGCCAGUGGUGAAGAAAGUUCAACAGCAAAUCGUUCACGAUCCAACAUUGAGCCACGAAUACCUAUCUGUGAGAGGACUCCCGGAAUUCAACAGGGCAACAACUGCUUUAAUACUAGGCGCAGAUAGUAUAGCCAUUGUGGAAAAGAGGGCUGACAGUAUACAGGUACCCGGAGGCUGUGGUUCUUUGUGCAUGGGUGCACGCUUUCUGAAGAAGUGGUACACCAUCACUCAUCCCAAGGCGGUUGCAAUCUACAUCUCUUCCCCUUCAUGGGAGACUCACAUGACUGUCUUCCAAGAAGCUGGGUUUAUGGAUAUCUUCAAAUAUCGUUACUGGGACAAUGAGAAUCUGUGUGUGGCUAUUCACAAGUGGCUCGAAGACCUGCAGAACGCACCGGAAUAUUCCAUUGUGGUGCUACAUAUUGCAGCUCAUUGGCCGACUGCAAUGGACCCAACCCCUGCCGAGUGGAAGCAGAUUGCAGAGGUCAUGAAGAGGAAGAAACAGUUUCCUUUCUUCUAUGUCACAGCUCAGGGCCUGGCAUCUGGAGAUUUGAAUAAAGAUGCUUGGCCUGUCAGACACUUUGUCACGGAGCGCUUUGAACUAUUCUGUGCUCAGUCUUUCGGCAAGAACUUUGGCUUAUACAAUGACAGGGUUGGAAGUCUGACAGUUGUAUCCAGGGAUAAUUACACCCUCAUCAGGAUCCGAUCUCAGAUGGAGUUAGCAGCAAGGCAGACAUGGUCAAACCCUCCACGUUAUGGUGCCCGUAUCGUAGCAACGAUACUUAAUAACCCAGCCUUCUUUGCUGAAUGGCGGGAGAACCUGAAGAGGAUGGCCGAGCGUCUGAUGUUGCUCAAGGAGAAGUUGAAGGAGGAGCUGCGGACACUGGGAACACUGAGAUCCUGGGAACAUAUCACCAGACAGAUUGGAUUGUUCAUUUAUCCUGGAUUCACAGAUUUCCAGAUUGACUACUUGAUGAAGAAGAAACAUAUUUACCUCUCAUCUAUUGCGCAAAUCAACAUCAGCUUAAUUAACAGUCAGAACCUUACCUACAUAGCACAGUGCAUCAAUGAAGCUGUGCUGUCAAAUCCUGAAGACAUGAAGUUAUAA